AUGACUACAGUCCUUCGCCAGAGGUUCAAGACCUCCAAAGGCGAGCUCAAGAAGAAGAGCAAGCCUUCCGGCUGGGUCAUACCGCGGCAGAUUACCACCUUCGCCGACCCGGACAGGUGGUCGAACAUCGAUGCCGAUGUCACACCAAUCGCCCGAAGGACCUGGACAUCAUGGACUAUCCUCGGUUUCUGGAUAUCAGAUGCCAUGAAUGCCCAGGGUUGGCAGGCGCCAUCCUCCAUCAUCGCGGUGGGCUUAACGUGGCGUGAAGCGGUCUACUGCAUCAUCCUCGGCUCUGCCAUCGACACCAUACCGCUCGUCUUGAACGGUGCCAUAGGAGCACAUCUUCAUGUUCCCUUCCCAGUGGCCGCAAGGUCAAGCUUCGGCUUCUACUUCGCUCGCUUUGCUGUUGUUGUGCGUAUGAUCACUGCACUGUUCUGGCACGCUAUACAGACCUGGACCGGCUCGACCGCCAUGACGCAGUGCAUCCGCGCAAUCUGGCCCAGCUAUCUAGACAUACCGAACCACAUCCCAGCGGCAGUCGGCAUCACCACGCAACAGAUGGUUUCCCAUUUCAUCUUCUGGUCUAUUCAGUUCCCCAUCCUACUGACUCCGCCUCACAAGUUGAAAUGGUUCUUCUGGUUUAAAUCCUUUGUGGUCAUCAUCGCAUCUGUCGGCACGGUCAUUGCAAUGACCAUGAAAGCAGGCGGCACUGGCGAUAUCUGGAAGCAAGAGUACACGGUCAAUGGUAGCCAUCGUAGCUGGAUUAUUAUGUCCAGCAUGAUGAGCAUCACUGGAGGCUGGGCGACCAUGGCCACUAACGUCGCUGAUUUCACACGGUACCUCGACAAACCCAAGGGCGUGUACUGGCAAGGUCUCUUCUUGCCACUCAUAUCAAUCAUCUUGGGCCUUUUCGGCAUCAUUAGCACGUCCUCGGCCAAAGUCGUCUAUGGCGAGUACAUAUGGGACCCUCUUGCCCUCGCAGCACAAUGGCAUGGUCCUGCCGGUCGCUGCGGUGCUUUCUUCGUCGGCUUCACCUGGUGCGUGGCUCAGAUCGGAACGAACUUGUCUGCAAACGUUAUUAGUGCGUCGAAUGACUUAACAAACCUCUUUCCGAAGUAUAUCAACAUCCGCCGGGGUGUCAUCAUCAUCACCGUCACCGCGGGAUGGGUGAUGGUUCCGUGGAAGAUCGUCCACUCUGCAGAAUCACUCUUGAACUUCAUGAGCGGUCUGUCCAUCUUCUUGUGUCCGAUUGCUGCCUUGCUCGCCACGGACUACUGGCUGGUGAAGAAGAGGAACAUCGACGUCCCAAGCCUCUAUCGAAGGCACGCUCGUUAUCGAUACUGGCAUGGUAUAAACUGGCGGGCAGCCGUUGCCUUUACUGUCUCGGUCGUACCGAACGUGCCCGGCCUUGCCAAAGCCGUCAACCCCAGUGUUAGCAUCUCAGCUGGGAUCGAGCACGUGUAUGAUAUGAACUACCUAUACGGCUUCACAAGCGCAGCCUUCCUUUACUGGUCGCUUUCGUAUUACUUUCCUGCGUCGGAGACCAUCAUACCAGCGAGUAUCUACGAGGACAUCAUGGUCAUUGACGGAGCUGAGUACAAGAACGAUGGGAUCCGCACUCCUCAGGAAGUUGUGGAGAAGGACGAGAAAUUGCCAUACACAGCUAUUGGGCAAGUCUGA